AUGACGAUCUCCAGCAAGAAGUCGUCAGGAAGCGCUGUUGACGAGGACCGGAUCUCACAGCUGUCGGAGGAAAUAAUCCACCUAAUCCUUCAUCUCCUCUACAACCCAAGGGAAGCGGCGAGAACGAGCAUUUUGUCAAGAAGUUGGCUUCACCUCUGGCAAAUCUACCCUGUCGUCCAAUUUUGGUAUUCGAAGAGGAAUCCUAUAGACAAGUUCCAAAGCUUCGCCAAUGCCACUUCCAUGAGGCUGCUGCGGAUGAGGGAAGAAAGAGGCGCAUCAUCAUCGCCUCUUGACACCUUCAGGAUCCUAUUCAAAACCCCGAGUGACGACAAAGAGAAUCUAGUACUGGAGGAGUUGUUGUCUUUGGCGUCCUUGUUGCCAACCAACGACGACGACCGCAGAUCCCCGCUUCAGAUUUACCUUCACUGUAAUCCUACUCCUACACGACUUAAUUACUCUACUUAUUAUCGUGUGCCCGACGGCGCGUUGUUGAAUUGCCGCCGCACCAAAUCUCUCUCUCUCUCUCUCUUGGAGGUUGCGACAUGA